AUGCCGCCCCCAUCGUCAUUCAGAAGGCUAAACGCGAAUCGCAGCCACCACACUCACACGAGUGUACCCAUCGUCCCUGGGUUUGGUCAGGAUUCUGUCCACACACAUAAGAUGAUAAGAAGACGCUUUUCGGGGAACGAUCAAGAGCUUCAAAGCAGCGGUGCUCUCUGCUCGCCUGGUAAACACCACGCUUCAGGUGGUCGUCAGGCUGCCAAUGUUCAGAAAGCCUGGCGACUUUACCCUGCAUAUGUCGCCGAGCGUAGCAGCAUGAUCAGGGCCGGCCAUUGCAUGCGUUGUGUGUCGGUAGGAUCCGACGUGCAAGAGAAGCGAUUUGAACCAUAUGUUCAGCUUACCAUGUGCCCCGCGACAGAUGGCGAAAUGUUCUGGUUCCUUCUUGCCAUUUUCAACCAGUUGCGGCGCAACCCUUUCAAUUCGCUUUGCAGUCGCCACUUCUUGACGCUGUCAGAACAAGAGCGCACUCAGUCUGAAGCAGAGCCUUCCUUCACCCCAGCAAGCUCUUCAUCGCCGCGGAAACACUGA